UUCUCGGCGGGGCGCGGGCACCCAGGGUCCAGGCCUGGCUUUGAGUUCAGCCCCGUUUCCCUGGUGUUGGGUGAAGCCAAAAAUCUUCCCACUUACCCGGGGCCAAACAAGAUGCGAGAUUGCUAUUGCACCGUGAACCUGGACCAAGAGGAGGUUUUCAGGACCAAAAUCGUGGAGAAAUCACUCUGCCCCUUCUAUGGAGAAGACUUCUACUGUGAAAUCCCUCGGAGUUUUCGUCACCUGUCAUUUUACAUCUUCGAUAGAGACGUUUUCCGGAGGGACUCCAUCAUAGGGAAGGUGGCCAUUCAGAAGGAAGACUUGCAGAAGUACCAUAACAGGGACACCUGGUUCCAGCUGCAGCAUGUCGACGCUGACUCAGAAGUUCAGGGCAAGGUCCACCUGGAGCUGAGGCUGAGUGAAGUCAUCACCGACACAGGCGUCGUCUGCCACAAGUUGGCCACGCGCAUCCUCGAGUGCCAAGGCCUCCCCAUCGUGAAUGGGCAGUGCGACCCUUACGCCACUGUGACACUUGCAGGACCAUACAGAUCAGAAGCCAAGAAGACGAAAGUGAAAAAGAAGACCAACAACCCUCAGUUUGACGAGGUGUUUUACUUUGAGGUGACCAGACCCUGCAGCUACAGCCGAAAGUCCCACUUCGACUUUGAGGAGGAGGAUGUGGACAAACUUGAAAUCCGGGUUGACCUCUGGAACGCCAGUAACUUGAAAUUUGGGGACGAGUUUCUGGGAGAACUAAGGAUUCCGCUGAAAGUGCUGCGGCAGUCCAGCUCCUACGAAGCGUGGUACUUCCUGCAGCCCCGAGACAAUGGCAGUAAGAGCCUGAAGCCUGGGGACCUGGGGUCCCUGCGGUUGAACGUGGUUUACACAGAAGACCACGUCUUCUCCUCCGACUACUACAGCCCACUGCGGGACCUGCUGCUGAAGUCUGCGGACGUGGAGCCCGUCUCGGCGUCCACGGCUCACAUCCUGGGCGAGGUGUGCAGAGAAAAGCAGGAGGCGGCCAUCCCGCUGGUGCGACUCUUCCUGCACUAUGGCCGGGUGGUGCCCUUCAUCAGCGCCAUCGCCAACGCCGAGGUCCGGAGGACACAGGACCCCAACACCAUUUUCCGAGGGAACUCAUUGACAUCCAAGUGCAUUGAUGAGACGAUGAAGCUGGCGGGGAUGCACUACCUGCACGUCACCCUGAAGCCCACCAUCGAGGAGAUAUGCCAGAGCCACAAACCCUGCGAAAUUGACCCCGUGAAGCUGAAAGAUGGCGAAAACCUUGAAAACAACAUGGAGAACCUGCGGCAGUAUGUCGACCGCAUCUUCAACGUCAUCACCAAGUCGGGGGUGAGCUGCCCGACGGUCAUGUGUGACAUUUUCUUUUCCCUCCGAGAGGCGGCUGCCAAGCGCUUCCAGGAUGACCUGGACGUGAGGUACACGGCGGUGAGCAGCUUCAUUUUCCUGAGGUUCUUCGCGCCUGCCAUCCUGUCCCCCAACCUCUUCCAGCUCACGCCUCACCACACGGACCCACAGACGUCUAGGACGCUGACGCUUAUCUCAAAGACUAUUCAGACUCUUGGCAGCUUAUCCAAGUCAAAGUCUGCCAGCUUUAAGGAAUCCUACAUGGCUGCAUUUUACGAAUUCUUCAAUGAGCAGAAAUAUGCUGAUGCUGUAAAAAAUUUCUUAGAUCUGAUCUCCUCCUCUGGGAGAAGGGACCCCAAGAGCGUGGAGCAGCCCAUCCUGCUCAAGGAAGGGUAAGGCUGGCGGAGCCACGGCAGCGAGAGAACUGGGAGACCUAACCCUCCUAACCCAGCACGACCUCUGGGCCUGCACUCAUUAACCCCUCUCGCCGCAGGAGACCAGCCCCUCUACAGCAUUCCCAUCGAGAACAUUCUGGCCGUGGAGAAACUGGAGGAGGAGUCCUUCAAGAUGAAGAACAUGUUCCAGGUCAUCCAGCCGGAGCGGGCGCUGUACAUCCAGGCCAACAACUGCGUGGAGGCCAAGGCCUGGAUCGACAUCCUCACCAAAGUGAGCCAGUGCAACCAGAAGCGCCUCACCGUCUACCACCCCUCCGCCUACCUCAACGGCCACUGGCUGUGCUGCAGGGCCUCUUCCGACACGGCCCCCGGCUGCUCCCCGUGCACCGGCGGCCUCCCAGCAAACAUCCAACUGGACAUCGACGGGGACCGAGAGACAGAGCGCAUCUACUCCCUGUUCAACCUGUACAUGAGCAAACUGGAGAAGAUGCAAGAGGCCUGUGGGAGCAGAUCUGUGUACGACGGCCCAGAGCAAGAGGAGUACUUGACCUUCAUCAUCGAUGACCCCCAGGAAACCUACAAGACACUGAAGCAGGUCAUCGCCAGGGUCGGGGCCCUGGAGCAGGAGCACGCCCAGUACAAAAGGGACAAGUUCAAGAAGACCAAGUAUGGGAGCCAGGAACACCCCAUCGGAGAUAAGAGUUUUCAGAGCUACAUCAGGCAGCAGUCAGAGGUCUCCACCCAUUCCAUUUAAAGCCU